AUGGAGGAGCACUCUUUGGAUUCCAGUCUCUUUUCCCACACCAUAAACAUCUCCGCCAUCAUAGCAACACCCCUCCGCUCUAUCGUCACCCACAUCACUAGCCACGCCAGGCAUAUCGGAUACGGUCAGGUUCUCCCCGAACCAAAAGCCAUUCUGCCACCCCGCAAGCGAGCCAAGACCGAGGACGAGAAGGAGCAGCGGUGCAUCGAGCGUAUAAAGGGGAAGCGACAGGAGUACGAGGUGCUCCAGAACGAGAAGGACGAACUCAAGGCCAUAUCAAUGUUCACGUCCGAUUUCUUGACACUACCAAAUCACUUCUUCGACACCAUCUGCUCUGCGCAGAUCCCGAUAUCCUUCCCCGCCCCCGAAUCGAUGGAACCGCCCACCCCCGAAUUUGACCCGACACAGUACUCUGCUGCAGUAUUGUGCGACAUGCAGUUCAAUGAGAAGUUAAUCAUGGAAAGCUUUUUCGAUUUCGACCGGUUCCCAAAGUACUGUUCAACAAGUACUUCACCAGAACCCGCUUUUAACAUUAUAAAUCUUUCAUCGGUCGAUGUCCUUGGUUCGGCUUUGUUUGAAUGCAGCUCUCAUUCUAAUCCUUGGGGCUUCCAUGACAACUUUGACGCAAAGUUCUACGACUUGCAGAAUGCUUCUGGUGCAACUUCGGUUAGCGACGAAGCCUUCGCAGCGGAACAACUUUAA